AUGGGAAACCCGAUUGAGUCCAGAGUUCUGGAGCUAGCUGCCAAGACGGGUCUUGACGAAGUGACGUUGAAACUGGCCAUAUGUCUAUUUUCGUCAUUCCCCUUCAAUGCUAUCCUCAAACGCUUGCCCGACGGUAAUUUGACUCUGAAAUGCUGGUAUAUAGUCGGUGUGUCUGCAUUUUACUUGUUUGGAGUGCUGAACAUCUUCACCGGUUUCCGCACGCUGUUUUUGAGCACUAUGUUCACGUAUGUGAUCUCGAGGUUUUACCGGUCCCGGUUCAUGCCUUACCUCAAUUUCGUGGUUGUGAUGGCCCAUUUGGCGAUCAAUCAUCUCGGGGUUCAGUUUCUUUCUACACCAGACCCUUCUAGCCUUGACAUAACGGGGGCACAGAUGGUGCUGGUGAUGAAGCUAACUGCUUUCGCAUGGUCGUACCACGAUGGCGUGGAUCGGAAGGACAGUGAACUUUCGGACUACCAGAGGGCCCGUGCCAUCAAGAAACACCCCUCGUUGCUAAGUUUCUUGGCUUAUGCGUUCUUCUACCCUUCUUUAUUUACGGGACCAAGUUUCGAUUUUGCGGAUUUUGAAUCAUGGCUUAAUUGCGAAGUUUUCCGCGAUCUUCCCGAUGCUAGGAAACCAAAACGUAGAUGGACUACUAAAGACUCAAACUUACGACGCCAAAUCCCCAAAUGUGGGAGGCUCGUCUUGUGGAGAGUUGUCCAAGGUAUUUUUUGGAUCACUCUUUCAACACUCCUUCCUAACUAUAUCUCCAGGGAAUAUAUGGAAACACCUGCAUAUGCUCAGAAAUCGUUUUUAUACAAGAUCCAUUACCUAGUGCUGUUGAGCUUCACUUUCCGACUCAAGUACUAUGCCGCUUGGACAAUGUCUGAGGCUUCCUGCAUCCUAUGUGGCCUGGGCUACAAUGGUUACGAUCCAAAGACCAAGCAAAUUCGCUGGGAUAGAGUUCGGAAUAUCAACAUUUGGAAAUUUGAGACGGCCUCGAACACGCAUGGAAGUCUAGAGGCUUGGAACAUGAAUACCAAUAAGUGGUUAAAAAAUUACGUUUAUCUGAGAGUUGCCAAACCGGGUUCCAAGCCCGGGUUUCGCAGUACUCUGUUCACUUUCCUGACUUCGGCGUUUUGGCACGGUACUAGACCUGGCUAUUACCUAAGUUUCGCCACUGGAGCCUUAUAUCAAUCAUGCGGGAAAAUCUUCAGACGCAACCUUCGUCCUUUGUUUUUGAAUGCCGAUGGCGAACCUCUCCCAUCCAAGAUCCUAUAUGAUAUUAUCUGCUUUUAUGUCACAAAACUCUCUUUCGGUUAUCUCGUGCAACCCUUCGUUCUUUUGGAUCUUCCUUUGUCUUGGGCAUGUUGGCGUUCAGUUCACUUCUACAUUCAUCUCGGAAUCCUUGUAACCUUCCUGAUAUUUAAGGGGCCGUUCUCCAGGCCCGUCAUUAAAUUCUUCAAGUCCAAACAACCAGCUGCCGUUGCUCAAAAGAAGCAGAAAGAUGAACUAGAGGACGCUGGGCCAUUGGGAGAAAUUGCAAAAGCUAAAAGAUUAUAUGAGCAACGUGAGGCCAAAACAGAAAUGCAACUUGGUAUAUCUGGAGCUGAUUUCGAUGAAUUUGAUUUUGGAGAGGCCAAGCGCGAAUUCGCGGAAUUCUUUGAGUCUUACGAAAAGUGGAGAGCCGAUAAGGGCCUUGAAAUUGAGGAACACAAUUUACAAAGAGCUUUCCAAAACUUUAAGCAGGAACUGUCGUCGGGUCAGCCCAGAAGGAUGAGCUUUAGCGUUUAUGACCCCCGGCCCGCAAAGAAAGAGGAAUAA